AUGGGGUCCCUCAUGACCAAGACCAACACGCCAAAAGACGGCAUAAAAAUCAUCCACGCAGGUCUUUACCGCACAGGAACAGCCUCCAUGGCCGCAGCGUACCGUAUCCUCGGCUACAAAGCCCAUCACGCUCUACACAACGAAUGGCAUGAACCGUGGACGAAACUCGAGGAAGCAGCAGAAGCUACCUUUCCUCACCUUGUCCAUUUCCCAGACUACACUCACAACGGUCCUCGUCCACCGUUCACCAGAGAAGAUUGGGAGAGCUUAUGGGGUGCUUAUGAUGUCGCGACUGAUAUAGCGUCGACUUUCACGUUAGAGCUCAUCAAGGCGUAUCCUGAUGCAAAAGUGGUCAUUGUCCAGAGAAAAUUUGAAGAUUGGUGGCCUUCGUUUCACUCGGAGAUAUUGGUCUCUGUGUUUGAGGUAACCUGGCUUCAAAAGUUCUUGACGUGGUAUGUUUUGCGUUUCCGGGCUUUACAUGCCAUGAGGAAGAUUCUUGCUGGUUUCUUCUCUGUGAAUGAGUACUCUGUGGAAGCCAUUACGCCCGAGAUUGCAAGGAAUACGUAUGAAGAGUUUUAUAGCAAGGUUCGGGAAGCUGUGCCUAAGGCAAGACGGUUGGAGUAUUCUCUUGGUGAUGGAUGGGAACCACUUUGUGAGUUCCUCGGGAAGGAUGUACCGGAUGUCAAGUUUCCGAGAGUCAAUGAUCGUAAGACGCAUAGUGAGGAUAUGGAGAGACUGAUGGCUAAGCUGAUGACGGUUUCGAUGGGUGUUCUUGGACCUUAUCUCGUUGCCAUUCUUGCGGCUGUUGUUGUGCUUUAUGCCUGGUAA